AUGGCUCAUCCGGACCGUGAAACACAAAUUGGAGCACAUAGUGUCUUCUCUAUGGUGCUUAUGCCAUCAAUGGUUUCUCCAUGGUUGGACCAGAAAACAAAGAUGGCUAUGAAGGUACAGAGUAAUAGCUUCCACAUUCAGCAUGAUAGUUUCUCUGAAGCAGAACACUUAAAUGGGAAACUGCUAGAAGGAAACACAGUUGUAGGAGUUACCGGGGAUAAAAAUGUUGUUCAUCCAUAUCGUGGUUAUAGCUUUACUCGUGCACUAACUGAUGGAAAAGAGGAUUUAGGUUCUCUUAGAUUGAGCAGUCACCAAGUGAGUCUGUUACUUUCUUCCAUCUGGGUUCAGGCAACCUCUGUAGAAAAUGGCCCUGCAAAUUUUGAGGCAAUGGCACACACUUUUAGCAUCUCUUUAUUGUUUACUCGUUCUAAGGCAUCUAAUUAUAGGGUUUUGGCUAGAUGUUUCCAAUUAGCAUUCUCCUUUCGAAGCAUCUCUUUGGACCAAGAAGGAAAUGGAGCUAUCUCUGAUAGGACUCCAAAAUGCUGGAAAGACUUCCCUUAUAAAUGGGGUACUGUUUUGGAAGGCUGA